AUGCAGCAGUCGCGAUCCCGCCAAGUCUCGAGCCUGUGUUUGUCGCUGCGUUUGUCGCUGCACUCGGCGCUCUCCUACGCAUUUGCGAUCGCGGCCGUGAGCCGGCUUUGCGUGGGCUGCCUGACCGGCAGGCCUCCCUCGAGGACUGCACGGCUAGGGCUUGGCGUUCUCACGGCUAGCGUGCCGCUGACUGCGUUGCCUCAGUCGCUGCGGGCGCCCCUGCGGUGGCGGGGCGUCUUCAUCACGUCGCUGUUCACUGCUCUAUUCGUGUCCACCGCCCUCGCCACGCUCGAUGACGAGGGCCGCUUCACGGGCCGAUGGGUUUACAUUGCCUGGGCAGCCUCGGCGCUGCAGUUCGGGCACCGCUGCGCACGGUACCACUUGGAGGUGGAAGAUGCGGAGCGGUGUGCCGAGCGCGAGGCAUUCUUUUCGAUGUGCUCCUUCAGCCUCGGCCGAGGCAUCAAGCUGCCGUGCACGAUCCUGAACCAGGCCUUCAUGGUCCUCAUCGGCGGCUGGCUCGAGAGCGCCGCCGGCCCCGACCUGCUCGUGGCGCUCGCGCUCUCCGACUUUCUGUGCGUCUUCCAGCUUUUUCUCGCGCGGCAGCGCCGCUUCCCGGCGAGCCUCUUCCUGGAGGGGGCGACGCUCAUCUCGAGCACACCCGCGUCGCUGGUCUUCGCCGCGCACGGCCGCAUCGCCGAGUCUGCGGUCCUGUGCGGUGGCCUGGCGGCGUGGCUGGUGGUGGGCAGGUUGUGCAUGUGA